AUGGAUGGCGGAAUGAGGCUGAAGGCAUGCAGCGCCUCAGCGGGGGUUCACCUACUGCUGGCACUCACUCUCAGCGCCUGCAACUCUCACCUACUGGUGCAUGCAAACUCGUGGUGGUCUUUGGCCAUGAACCCCAUCCAGAGGCCAGAGAUGUACAUCAUCGGGGCCCAGCCUCUGUGCAGCCAGCUAACGGGCCUGUCUCAGGGUCAAAAGAAGCUUUGCCAGCUCUACCAGGACCACAUGGUGUACAUUGGGGACGGGGCCAUGACUGGCAUCAAAGAGUGUCAGUAUCAGUUCAGACAGAGAAGAUGGAACUGCAGCACAGUGGAUAACACAUCAGUAUUCGGACGUGUAAUGCAAAUAGGCAGCAGGGAAGCAGCAUUCACAUAUGCUAUCAGUGCAGCAGGGGUGGUGAACGCAGUGAGUCGAGCAUGUAGGGAGGGCGAGCUUUCUACAUGUGGCUGUAGCCGGGCAGCUAGGCCCCGAGACCUGCCGAGAGAUUGGCUAUGGGGAGGUUGUGGGGACAAUGUCAACUAUGGAUACCGUUUUGCCCGGGAGUUUGUGGAUGCAAGAGAGCGGGAAAAGAACUACCCAAAAGGAUCAAUAGAGCAUGCACGCACACUUAUGAACCUGCAGAACAAUGAAGCUGGACGAAUGGCGGUAGCCAACCUGGCCAAUGUGGCAUGCAAGUGUCAUGGCGUUUCUGGCUCCUGCAGCUUGAAGACAUGCUGGUUGCAGCUGGCUGACUUCCGGCGAGUGGGAGAGUACCUGAAGGAGAAGUAUGACAGUGCUACCGCCAUGCGCAUCAAUCGGCGCGGCAAACUGGAGCAAGUGAACCAGCGCUUCAACGCACCCACGACUGAUGACUUGGUGUAUAUUGACCCAAGCCCGGACUACUGCCUGCGCAACGAGAGCACGGGCUCACUGGGUACACAUGGACGCCUCUGCAACAAGACCUCAGAGGGCAUGGACGGCUGUGAGCUGAUGUGCUGUGGCCGAGGCUAUGAUCAGUUCAAGACCUACAAGCAUGAACGCUGCCAUUGCAAGUUUCACUGGUGCUGCUAUGUCAAGUGCAAGCGCUGCACAUCACUCGUCGACCAGUUUGUCUGCAAGUAGAUGUCAGUAUAAAUGAGAGAGGGGGCACAACUCUAGAGACAUUGUGAACAGGCAGACAGUGAACGGACCUUUAGUUCAGAAGGAUGAACUGAGAGAAAUUACGAUAAUAAAUAAUAAAUCAAAAGAAAAUGUAAAAUAUAAUUAAGUAUAGAUGUGUGGACUAUAAUUUGAUGACACAUUGUUUUAACCAUGAGAUAAAAAAGUGAAUGAGAAGUCAUAGUUCGCAAACAUGUUGAUAUGUUUGAUUCUUAAAAGUACCCAGCUGAUAGAGUAAUCAGUAUAAAACUCAGAUAUGAUCCUGAUAAAAACAGAAUAUGACCUUAUAAAGUUAUUGCUGUAACACUAUGUACCAUGCCCACUCUUCUCCCAUCAAUGUUCUCCAUCUCUCAGCGACAGAGCUCUUAAAAUCAGGUCAGACAGUGACCUCUGAUAUAUCGUACCAUGGACACUGGAUGAUGUCAUGUUGACUUGGGAAAUCUACGCUUCUGCGUCGUCUAAGUUCCAAAACACUGCCUCCCAGAGCCUAGGGACAUUACCUACUGUGCCAAUGUGACAUAUCAGGCUAUGUGAGAACGAAUCAAUUUAUGCCAAAGACAGAAGUAGCCAAGUGUCUUUUCUGUGUCUUCCAAUGAUCUCCAGUGAUAAAAACUUUUUACAGAUAUCUUCGUGACACAGAGUAUUAAAUUUAAGUCUGGAAACCGAAAAGGAAAAAUGGGUCUAUAGAAAAAGGACUGCACAUAAUAUUGUAAUCAAACUGGGAUUUAAGAUUAUAUUUUAUUAACUGCUUGGUGUAUUUUACAUCAUAUGUAUUGUUCUGAUUAUUAUUUUUUUACACAGAGGCUUUUACUGUUGAGUUUUACUCUAGCAUGAAACAGUGCAGGCCAUGGAAGUUACAGCAGUGGUCUGAAUUAUAAGAAACAAUGCCACACUAUUGUAAAUAGCAGUUCAUAUACACAAAGUACAUCAUGAAUACAAUUUCCAUGACUUUACAUGUUAAUCGUUUGCUGCCCUAUGAACAUAUGCUUGUUGUGUAUGUGUAUUUUCUCAUUUUUCA